AAUUAUUCGAGGCUUGAGACUGUGUGCGUUCUUACACCACACUUAUUCGCCGGAAUUUUCAAAGAAGGUCGCUUGCCAUUUUGUUGCACUGGUUAGUCGCCCUCGUCACCCUAUUCAUCCCGCGCCUCUGCGGUGACGCACCUGGAUCCCGGAACCAAGGUUUACGAAGAUGGAUACCGACUUGACUCGAGUUUGUCUGGAAUGAAAGGAAGAGGAGGACUUGUGCAGAGGAGGAAAGUUGGCUGUUGGACCGCGUGAUCCCGGUCUGGGCAGCACGUGGUCGCGAAGGAGGGACUGAGGUCGAUGGAACCGGUGGUGGGAUACGGGCAUGAGGGCUGGUACUUGGAUAACCGCCUUGAAGAAAGCCCACUUUCUAAGAUGCAGUCUCCACGCCCUCUCCCACAUCAAACCCACCCUCAAGAUCUUCUACCAUCCACGUCGACUUCCCGAACCCGCAUCACCGACCAUCACCCGACCGAGCCCCUCUCCUCUCCCCUCUCCAUCCAUUCCACAACCUCGAACAUCAAAUCGAAGCACCACCACACGAACCUUGCGUCGUUCCUGGAUGACCACCCGCGUAUGCACGCGCCGGACAUGUAUUGUCGUGUUUGACCACCACCCGGCACACGACAACAGUCGCUUUUCCGAUCUUCGUGAGAGGGAGCUUCUGGGGUAUGUCCCGCUCCACAUAUAAAUCGUCCGAACCGCUGGAUAAUUCUUCUCGCCAGGACAGAGAUCCCCCGCCCCCUUUCGGGUGAGAGUGGAACUCUUUCCUUGUCGCUGAGAGAACAGGUCCUGCUGUGUUCACUUUUUCAGAUAACGAGCGUCGUCACCUCUCCUCUUUUGCUUCGGGAAAUUUUGAGGUCUCCUUCUGCCCUUUACGAAGGCGUGGAUGCGAGUACGCUCUUUCCUUGGAUGAGGUGACAUUGAAUGCAGAUGCGUCUGUUGUGCGGUUUUACCCUUCUUGUCUGAAUCUCAACUUUGUCCACUCUGCUUCGGCAGGGCAGUGACAUUGUCUGAUCGAUUCAGCUGAAUUGUAUUUAGUAUUUGGCCCAUCCCUGUCCCUCUGGAUAUGGGGUUGAUUCGGAUCCCUUUCGAGGGUGAAAAUCCGAGAGCUCGACCUGCAGAGUUCUUGUGGCAUUUAUGUUUUGGGAGCUUUUCGGUGGAAGACGAUUGGGAUUUCCCGUUACGAGGCUGAUGUAGAAACCUGACCGUCAAUACGCUCCUUUUGAAAGAUGGAGAGGAGAGCGUGGGGGAUGAACAGCUGGUACGAAGCUGAGUUCUGGACAAAUCGAAAAUGUCUCUUCUCCUC